UUUUUUUCUUUUUUUCCAAUAACCUUUGCAUUGAGCACUCAAACCAGUAUGGAUCCGUCACUCGACCCGGCAACCUCGCAGCCGCUUGAGGCCGAGUUGCAACCGUUCGUGCAGGUUUGCGUGGCUGCUGGCACGGCAGUGUCCACCGAGCAAAUGGUCGAAAUCGAGCAGUGGCUCAACGCGGCGGCAACGACUCCUGGAUUCACUGUUUCGCUGUUGCGCAUUGCCAUCAACUCGACUGUGGAGCCGAAUGCUCGUCUGUUUGCCGCCACUCAGCUGAAAGUGCGCCUGCAGAAAGCAGUGGCCACUUUUACCGCCGCGCACGGUGCUUAUGCCUCCCGCGAUGCGGAUCUGGCCGCCGCCCUCCACGAGUUCCAAAAUACCGUCCCGCGCGAGGAUCUCGUCGUGCUGGCGAACAACGUGCUCCAGUCUUUGGCCUCGUGCAGUGACUCAAAGAUUCGUGCGCAACUCGCCGUCGUUGUGGACAGCUUAGUUUACGCCAACAAGUAUUCGGAAUACUGGACAGAUCUCCUCGCCACCGUGCGUACCUUCUUGUCGGACGGCCGACCAGCCUACCAACAAGCAGCCGCCACCACGUUGGACUGCUUUGCCGAUUCUUACUAUAACUUGGACACGGAUGAGGAAAAGGCGGCAGUUCAGGCCAUGCUUGAAGCAACCUUUCCUUUUAUCGUGCACCAUUUGCAGUCCGCCACCACCGUCGCCACUCACGAGCAUCGCAAACUGUGCUGCGACUUGCUGAACACCCUGCAGCAGUUGACUGUGUAUUCACUUCCGUCGCAUUUGGUGGCGUCCAUUGAGCAAUUCCUGUCCUGGUUCCAGCCUGUCAUGCACAUUGCCGCAAUGCCCAUCUCAGAGCCAGCCUGGGCCUAUCAGCAAGCCAUCAAUCUGGACCCCGAGGCUGAUGAAAACGAAGUGCUGCACUCCGAAUGGACGCUCAAGCGCAAAGCGUUCAAGCUUUUCAUGAAGCUGCACACUCGUUACGGGCUCCGAGAAAAUGCCACCCCAGAGUACGAAGCAUUUGCUGAUGCAUUCGAGCAAAGCUUGAGUGUUCCUCUUCAGCUGAUCACGUUGCAAACGUUCGAGCAAUCCGAAGCCCGGGGCAUCCGAUUGGCGAUUGGUGUCGCGCGCCACGGCUGGACGUUCCUCCUGAACGUCAUGUCCGUGAAGGGCUGCUGGCAGCAACUCAAGCCUUUCUUGCCGAUCGUGUUGGCUCAGCUGUGCGAAUGGCAGCGGUUUGUGGACGAAGAGCUGGAAGACAUGGAGGAUGAUCCCAUCUACUUCUUGAGCUUCCACGACGAUGCAGACUCGUUCAAGUCCACCGUUCCCGACGUGGCCCGCCAGUUCCUGUACGAGCUGUGCUACCGACGAACCUCGAUGGUCUUUGAGGACAUUAACAACUUUAUCCAGCAACGAAUGAACGCUCAGCCCGCGCCCACACCCGACGAUAUGGAAGCCGCUAAAGCCAAGGUCGCGACCAUGCGCAUGGCGUUCAUCGCCUGCCGUGUGAUGCGCAGCCGCAAGGCCUACCAACCGAUGCUGGAACCUGCCCUUCUGUACUUCUUCCCCGCUGAGCUCACCAGCCCCCACCCUAUGGUCCGAUUUGUUGCGCUUUGGUGCUUGCGCAACUUCUGCCUCGUUUACAAGUUCAAGAAGAUUGAGACACCGGCGGCCAUUCUCCAAGCGUCCAUGCCUCUGCUCCAUGAUCCUGUUGCAGUCGUCGCUCUCGAGGCCUUCAACCUCGUGUCCACACUUGCGCGCGAAUCACCGAUCUGCCGUCCCCUGUUUGUUGCUGAGCUCGAGCCCAUGGUUACGCGCUUGGUGAACUUGAUGCAAACGUCCAAGGUCCGCUUCCCCUCCAUCCCUACCUACCUCAGUCAAUUUGUGCAGAGCUACUCGACCGAAAUGACAUCCCUCGCUGGUCUCGUGCUCCAACACUUGUAUCAAUCGUUUGUGCGCGCCAUGACGGACGAGUCUGAUCCAGAAGCGGCUGAUGAAGACGAGGCUCAAGGCGGCGCUCCCGACGCGUUGAAUGCAUUGGAAGCAAUGCAGGAAAUUCUCUAUGCCUACGAGGAUGCAGACACUCCUUACGCGAACGAAGUGGUGUUUGCAGCAGCUCAACCGAGCGUAUUCCAGUUGCUCAUGGAUGUUGUUUCGCAUCAUCUUGCCAACUAUUUGGAGGGCGCUCUUGAACUCGUCACGAGCGUCAUCUCCAACCAGCAGCAAGUUUCCCCUGAUGUUGUCGCCCUCUUCUCCAAGAUCUUUGAGAACUACCACUCGCAUUACCUGAGCUACACCCCAGAGUUUGUCGACUUGUUGAUUCAGUGCGUGAAUGUUCAAGUCGAAUGGCUCUUCACUUCGGGCAUGGCUAUGAGCGUGGUUGAGCAAUUCCAGUUCGCCUUCGUCCAUUCCAGUGUUGGUGAUCAAGACCGCAGCGCCAUUUCGCGCGUUCUGCAAGCCAUUUUGCUCCAGGCGAUUGCACAAGAUGUUCGCGAACUGGUGCCCCCGGAGUUCGUUUCCGCGGCCUGCAGCAUCGUUGGACCUGUCGCCUUCCGACAGCAACCAUGCAUCGUCGAGUACCUCCCGGCCCGUUGCCUUGAGUUUAUUCUCGUCGCCCUUGCCUUUAACGGAUUGCAAGGGUACUCGUGGCUGGUCCAGGUUCAAGGGCAGGGUGUUCCCGGCCUGCUUGAGAUGGUCCGAGUUGGCGUGGCACAUGCAGACACGAUUCGCGACCACCAGCUUCUUGUGGCCGCUCUCGUGGCUAUUCUGGCAAUGCCUGUGACCGACCUGCCUGCAGACGUGCUCAGCUGCUUGCCCCAUAUUGGCAUGACACUGUCUCAUUCGUCUUCGCGUGUGCUCGACCUUCUGGAUGAACGCCACAAGUUCAAGGCCAACCUGGCCAAGCGUUAUGAAAACGAGGAUUUCGACAAUGACGAUGAGCCGCAUGAUCCUCGUGAGAAUGGUUCCGGCUUGGAGGCUGGUGAAUUGGGAGAGGAUGACGCCGCGCAGCAUGACGACUACAUGGCGCAGCUCUUGUACAAGGCACAACAAGCCUCCGCUCUGGCCGACAGCCUGCAGGAUGACGAAGACCUGGAAGCCAAGUUCGAGCUCUUGGAUGAGCUGGAAAACGAGGAUGAUCCACUCUUGGUCCUCUCUGAAUUUUUGCGCAAUCUGGAAACCCAACACCACACCCUGUUCGUCACCCUGUUCCAGAACGAGCCAAACUUUGCGAGCGUGUAUGAGCGUGUCAACAACUACGGCCAGGGCAUCAAGAACGCAGUUGCUGCCGACCUGUCGACUCGCUCGGGCGGAUACUCUUUCUCCCAAGCCAGCUCGAGUGCUCCGCCAAAGCCCAGCUUGUCCUUCCGCUUUGGAGCCCGCUAAAACCACGAGUUUGUGCUUUGCUAUGUGUGACCUGCUGUGCGUGUUUUGUUUGUGUGUCUGUGUGUGUGUCUGUCUGUCUUGUGAUUCCCUUUUCUCUUGGAAAUUCACCUGUUUUUGGAUCAAAAGAGAACGGAUGGACAUGAAACUGUUACACUUAGCAUGAUUUGGACGCACA